GAUCACCAAUCCUGUUUGACCCUGUGAAGAGCGCGCAAACAGUACUACCAAAAAAACGACGCCGUUGUUGCGCGUAGUUGCGUGAAAGAAAGAAAGAAAGAAAGAGAAACAAAAGGAACAGUAGUGUUCAUCACAAAGGAAAACCAGCGGUGUGAAUUCAUCAUUAGAAGUAAAAACGCUAUAUUCCCCAUCGGCCUUUGCCACCUUCACUACACCCCCAGAAGGAGCAUCCAACAACCCGCCUUCUCCACCACAACAACCCCAACAAAUAUAAACCUUCUUCAACCCAAUCAUCCAAGACUCCCAACAAUAACGAAAAUCUCAUCAUAUUAAAAAAAAUGGCCUUCAAAUUCCUCUCAAAUAGCACUCUCCGAGGCGAAAAAGCCACCAUGGGAACCACCCUGCGCAGCACCUUUACCCCAGCAACGAUCCUGCGCCUCGUCCUCCGCCUCUUCCAAUUCGUCAUGGGUCUCACCGUCAUCGGCAUGUACGCCGUCGACCUCGACAACGCGCGCAAGCAAGGCAAAUACGUCGACUCAAAGUGGGUUUGGGCUACCCUCUGCGGCGCCCUCGGAGCCUUUGUAUCCCUCCUAUUCAUGGUUCCUUUCCUGGGAAGAAUGGUGCUGUUGUUUGCGGUGGAUGUGGUGGUGUUUAUUUGCUACAUUGUUGCAUUUGGGAUUUUCGGGAACAUGUAUAUUGGGGAGGAUGCAGAGGGGAACAAGGGCGUGCAGAGGAUGAAAAAUGGGGUUUGGGUGCUGCUGACGAAUGUGGUGCUUUGGUUUAUUUCGGCCGUUUUGGGCGCGGGAUUGUUUUGGAGGGCGAGGAAGGCAAGGACGACGCAUACUGGACGGGCACCGCAGCACGUCUAGGUGUCCCCAUUUAUCCCUUCUUCUUGCUCCCCGGAAGAGGGAGUAGAGGGAAAGAGGGGAUGCGAAGGCUUGACUUGGUUUGACU